UAAAAAAUGUACCUGCAGAAAAUAAUCAAAUUGAAGAAAACUGGGUUUAACUAUUGUGUUCCUGCUAUUAAAGCUCGUUUGGAGGAAUCAGAUGGGGGUGUUGGAAAAGUAAGAUAAGGAGCGUGAGCGGUACACCGCCGGAAGCCGUGGUCAAUCAGCUUUGCAGUUAACGUGACUGUCAUCAUGUACCCUUAACACGCAUAUCUGAGCAUGUGUGUCCAGUAUUUUGUUUCCCCACAUACAUUCACAGAGCUAUCGUUCUAUACUUCUGGGGCCAGGAUAUCCUAUUCCUGCCCUUUAAUUAUGCACAUUAAGAAGGCCCCCCAUCUGAGGUUUGGGUCCAGGUGAUGCUGCUCCUUGGUUUGAUCGUUUAUUCGAUUGUACUGCAUGAAGAGCAGGACGGCAGGCUCAAGACUCACCUUUCUAAUCUUCUUUGGGUAAUUUUUUUUUUAAAGUAACGUGCAAUUUUGGGGAUUUAUCAAGAUUUCUUCUGUCGUUGCGGAGCUGCUGGACCGCUAUGUAAGUAAACAAUGAGUGGUUAUCAUGAUUGAAAGCAACACCACUGAUGCUGAUAAGGUGACAUAAAUCUGAGAAGCUUCUAGAGAUUGGAAAAAAAUAUAUAUUAGAAAAGAUUAGUAAUUUGCGUUUUUAUAAAUUUAGUGUUAAUAGAAAUUUGAAUUAAAGAACUUUAUUUUUAGAUGCUAAUAUUUAUAUUUUUUACUACAGAAAUGAUUUUGUGGUGAAAAGUAUCUUUAAAUAUAACAUUUAUCUUGGAUUUCUUGCUUGUAGGCAUUAAAUAAAUGCAAAUAAAUGAAAAAAAAGUUUUUUUUACUUUAAAGAAAUACUUUUGUUGUUCUAUAUUUUAAUUCAGUGUGCGUCUGCAUGUGAACGUCAUCCCUGUGUUUUUGUAGAUUACCUCUGAGAUACUCCGCUGUGGGAUCUGGGUCACAUUUCUGCACCAGCGGGGGUCCGUUCAGAUGUUAACACCUUCUGUUUGUGUUCAUGUGAUUUGACGACAGAGGAGCUCCGGCUGUUUUGUGCCACCAGGGUGUGCAAAAGCUGCAGCGUCAACAUGGAGAACAAGCCAGUGAAGGAGGUGCUCCCCCUGCCUCGCCACCCGACCCCACUUCCUGUGACCUCCUCCUCUCCAGACUCCACCGCCAGCUCAAAGAAACCACCAGCAGGCUCCAUGCAGCAUGUUCAGAUGGCCUCCUCAGUGGUGACAUCGUUUAAUUAUCUGAAGCCUCCAGAAAGAGACCUGACGCUGCUGUCUCAGAUGAAGACGAUGAAGUCACUGAGACAGGCCGGCCUCACUGCGGUCUUCACUGGACAAACGAGAUUUGACAGCCCAGAGUUGGUGGAGGAGUUGCCCAUUUUUGACGCCAUUUUGGCGGACAUGGAUUCCCUGGUUCCCACUCACGAUGAAUCUGGCCAUCCCAUAGCGGAGUGGAAACGACAGGUGAUGGUGCGGCAGCUGCAAGUCCGGCUAGAGGACGAGGAGGAGCAGAGGAGACAGGAUAUCAUCAGUGGCCACAUUCCAGUGGACGGAUGGAAGUACUCACAGGCUCACAAUGCCGUCUUGGGGCCCUUCGGGGAACUCUUAACCGACGAGGAUCUGGUCUACCUGCAGAAGCAGAUUGAGUCUGUCUCCUUGCAGAAACGCUGCAAAGCUUAUGAGCUGGAGCUGGCCAGACUCACGGAGGAGCUGAGAGCCAUUUUACCUGAUCCUAUUGUCAACAUCUCCCUCAACAAGGAAAUCCUGCAGCAAAUGGACUCGGAGGGGAAAAUCCCUCUGGCUCUGCCGGUGUGGUGCAGUCGCGUAUCGGAGCUGGUCAGAAGUAUGUCUCUGCUCGUGGCGAAUUUGACCCAAACAACGGAAAAAGAGGGAGACUGGAGGGCGGUGGAAGGAGUAGUGGAGGGGAUGAAGGGUCUUCACGGAGUUACGGAUGUAUCCAGAAUCGGUCAAGAGACGGACAAAUCUCCUGAGGAGACUCCCGGUGGAUACCGGCUUCCACACAUCGGAAUGGCGUCUACCUUUAGUCAUCGCUUAGAGAGCAACAGCUGCAGCAGAGCUCGGAGGGAAAGGGUGGAGAGAGAGAUUCAACAGUCUGGGGUGUCGGUACGAAACCUCAGAUCAAACUUCGAGGAACAGAUUGGUGCCAUUUAUCCAUUCGCGCUUCUGCAAGAAGGACAGAGGUUGGAGACUCCGACUGGAGCAACAGGAAACAGUUUAACCAAAGGGCUCGACCUGGAUGCUCCUGAAAGACGCGCACCGGUGAUGGAGACGACCAGUUUGAGGAAAGAGCGAAUCGUCGUUUUGUUUCUGAGUCACUGGAAGAAGUCCGCCUAUGCCAUCUCGGUGAGAGCGGCGAGACAGAGACAGGGAGGGGUGGCAGCAGCACCGGCUCAAGAGAAAAUCCCCUCCAUUUUUAACUUGUGCCAACAAAAAGAAGGCGUGGACAAACUUCUGAACUUCUGGAAGAACAAACAAGAGUUUAAAGACGACCAGGAAUCCGGUUUGUCCUCCACCACCCUCUCUCAGAGCGCGUACCCCUGCGUGACCUUCUCCCCGGAGCAGUUCCUGCCAGACAUGGACGGUGUUGCGAUAAACCAUGACAACUUGACCCUUGACCUCUUCAUGCUGGGGUACUUCCACAUCCUGGAGCAAGAGCUGUCUCCGGAGGAGAGGAAGAUGAGGCACCUCCUCUGCUUUGAGAUUUUCGACCACAUUGGGAGCUUUCCCUGGGAAAAGGUGCGGGAUUUCCACAAAGCCGUCCUCCAGGAGAUCAACAGCGGGCGGCGACAGUGGAGCGACGGCUUCGAGGACCUCAAAGUCAGCUUCUUUGGAGAAUCUCCACCGUCCUGCUGCCCGUCGUCAUCAUCGCUGCCUGGCUCCAAAACUGUGCCCAAGGUCAUAGUUCAAAGUGCAUCUUCAGACGAGCACGACAGCAGCUCAGACAUCCACUUCAACACUGAAGACAUCUGUAGAUACAUCGAUCGCAGUUUUGCUUUCUGGAAGGAGAAGGAAGCCGAACUUUUUAAUUUUGAUCAUUAGUGGAAAAUGAUGCUGAUGCUAUUAUUCUGGAAAGCACAAAGUCCCUAAAUAAACCUGUCUUGUGAAUUCAA